GCAGAGCGCGCCACCGUAAUGGUCUCCGCCACGUUAUAUGGGAGUUAUAGGGCCCUGGUCGGCUCCGCCCGCAGCAGCCAGCUGGUCAUACGAACUGACUUUGCCAGACAUGUAUGUUCUGUGUUUUGUAAUGUUUUAAUUAAAUUUAAAACUAUCUUAUGUCAUUCGCAAGUUAUCUCGUAAGAAUUGACGAUUUGAAUUGUAAAUACAUUUUUAUUAGAAAUGUCGGAAGGAAAUACUCUUCAAGCUAUGUUGGAUAAUAUGAAUUCUGCUAUGUCGCAGUUGGAAGAUAUUGCAGCCAGUUCUUUGUCAACGGAAGUGACAAAAGUAUGCAUACUUUACUCAGAGCCUCCUGCUCCAAGUGUACAGCAAGUAAAUGAUCUCUUACGAAAAAUAGAAACACUGUACAUUAACAUGCUGAAGAAUUUUUAUAAUCUUCCAAAAGAGCAAGGUCAAGUUAUGAGGAAAAAAACACAAAUUGCUCUUUUAAAAAUUGUGGAAUUGUUGAAAGCUGUCUUCAGUUCUUUGAAAACCAAAGGAGCAAAAGGUCAGAAAGAACGAAUGAAACUGGCUGGAUGUGUAUGGGAAUCUUGUGAAGCAAUAGAGCAUCUUCCUCGUGAUAACUUGGCUGCAACAUGUGCAGAACUUGAUAAGGAACUGAUGCUGGUAGAAGAUGCCCUUCAGGAAAUGGAAGAAGAAAUAAAAAACCAGGAAGAUGGAAUGGAAGGUAAUGCUGGAGAUGAAAUAGACAACUCAGAGCGUUGGAGCAAUCAGGAUUGUGAAAUUGUGCCCCAUUGUGUUGCCCUUGUAAAAACAGCCCGGGCUUGCAUGAGGCGUAUUAAGCGUGCUGUUAAUGCCCAAGGACGCUGUUCUACAGAACAUGAAAUUGCACAACUUGAUGAUUUAAUUUCUUCAGUGUCACGUCUUAGCCCUUCUGUAGAUGAUUUUGUGUCAUCUGCAUAUCCGCCAAUGAAUAGAGACGCUGUUAAAAAAACAGCCAUGGAAGUUGUGAAUUCAGUGCAAGCAAUACUUUUGGUAGUGAAGCAAGCUCAUUAUGUGCAAGAUGAAGAUCAGUCAUGGGUGGAUUUCUUGUUGAAGGCCGUGGAUCAUAAUAAUAACAAAUUACAACCUCUUCUUACUGUGUAACAGAACAGAGGCAUGCCAUCAGUUGGUAAUCUUUAUUCAAAGACUAUGUAAAAAUGUUGAAUUAAUUAUGUAUUAGAAUUUUGUAAAUUCGUAAUGCUAUAGUUGACAAAAUGACUUGUAGCCUGAAAGUUAGAAAAGUAAGUUAUUUUCUCAGUAAGUAAUUGCGAUAUUUUUGUUCCCUUAAGAAUGGUAACUGUACAUCAUAAUACUAAUGUAAUUAACAGAACUGAAGGUUAUUUUGACAGGGUACUUUUUCUAGAUUGAUAAAUAUAGUCACUUGCAAUAAGAAUGUACUUCAAUUCAAUAGUUGAGUCUGAGGUGAAUGAUCUGGGCUCAUUUUUCAGUGUUAUUGCCUACACUUUGCAAGAAGUAUUAUCAAUAAAUUAGAUCACAUGUGACCAGAGUUUUCAGUUUUGAGAACACAAAGCUUGAAAAUGUUUAAAGGUGCAGUUAUAUGGGCAUAUAAUCUUUUUAUAUUACACAUGGAUGAAAGAACUCGAAAAAUAUUAAAUUGAAAAAUAACUAGAGAAAUGAUAUUCCUGAAGUUCUUUGGGUUGCCAUCGGUCAUUAAUCACAGUGACCCUUAAGGAAGGAGACAUCUCUUCUAAUAGAUUUAGAAACUUUUCCUCAUUCUGUUGAAAUUUAUCUUUGAUCUUAAAAAUUAUUUCCUUGAUUUGUUCUCCAACCAAUGUAUUUUGGUGUUAUAUUUGUUCUAAGUUUUCUAACAAUUUUCUUCCGAAAUUCUGGAAUUUUCUGUCAAUUUUUCUUCUAAAGAUUUGUAAAUAUCACUCAGUUUUUCUAAAAUUUUUAAAAUUUUUAUUCUAUUAUUUUAAGUAGAUCCGAAACGUUUCUGGUUGUCUGGAAGAGAAAAUUCUCUGGAUCCUCUCCUGCUGCCUUCAUCAAGACAUUCUUGUAAUAUUGCUUUCGUUCCUG